AUGGAUCAGGAUAAAACGAAGCAAACUGGGACAAAUGAGACCCAGGGCGGAAGAAUGCCAUUCACCAAGGCCAGCACACACUUCACUAGCGCAGUUCAGAAGGCCACGAGCACUAGAGACAUUCUGCACAAUGAAAUCAUUCGCAAUAUGCGAGAAAGGCAUCAAAUUACUGAAAAACGUAGGCAAGUCAAAAAAGCAAGGGGACCAGUCAAGGCAAGAAAAGCAGCUGAUAAAAAUGUUUCAAUAAACAACGAGAAGAUGGCAACUGGACAUAAAACGGAGCAAAGAGGCAGAGAGUGGAACUGGAAUCCAAGUCCAUUUGCCCAUCCACGCUCCAUGAGCUCCCCAAGAAAUGGACAGGCGCAUAACAUAUUCAUAGAAGAACGCAGGCAGCUGCGUCAGACGAUCAUCAGACACAACUUCAGCCACCUGGCGCACCUUCUGAUUGACGAAAGGCGCUCUUUCUACGCCACGAACUCCCUGAUGAUUCGAGAGGACUACUGUCGAUGCACAGGCCAAGUUGUGAAGUAUUCUGCCCAGCAGAAUGGCCGUGAGACGAUGUUUGUUGAUAGGGAGAGAUGCAUAUGUCAAAUACUGAGGCAGCAGGCUGAGACAGAAAGGGCCCUCAAGAAGCAGGUCAGGAAGCUUGAAUAG